AUGCUUCCGGGCGAUGUGCAAAGCCGAACCUGGUCUUCGGACACCCUUGUGAGUGGUUUGGCUGCUAUAACUGCACAAGCCCACCCGGAGCUUUGCAAGCUCCUCGGUUGCAACGAGACGGACCCGGAGAUGAAAGCAAUGCAGGACGAGCUUGCACAGCUUGAGGCCGGAUCUGUUUAUGGUGCGGAAGCGCUGCUAUCCCCCAGCAACCAGCGGGAAUAUGGCGCCCAGGAAACACAGACGAUUCCGGAUACCCCAGACCCGGUAGACAUGGAGAUGGAGCCCCCAGCUCCUGAUGUGACAGCCCAGAAGAAGACCAAAGACCCAGCUGAUGUCAGGGGUAAAGGCAAAGGUCAGGGUCUUGCCACCCCCAGCACCGUUGCGAGAAAUCUUUCGGACGCUUUUGCCAACGCUGAGGAUGCGCAAGAUGUUCCCCGGAACACGGAACAGUGGAAGGAUUUCGCAAGGCAUCGUGAGCUUGCAGGGAUGGCUGUACCCCCGCACGAGUCUCUGCAACAGUGCGGGCCUGAGCGGCCCGUUGCGGAGCCGGCGGUUGUGCGUGAGAUUGAGAUGGAGGACUUGCAAGAGGAGUUUGUAAUCCAGGACCCACAACCUCCCCCCCAACUUGUUGAGAUCAGUGAGAAUGCGAUCUACAAGCGGAUGUACCGGGUCUUCAAGAUGAGGGAGGACGGGAGCUACCUGGUCCCGGAGGACCUUGUACAGGAAUGGAAGAAUAAGAGCACACGUGCAAAUGUCGUCAAAAUUUUCGAAAAGUGCGGCUACAAUCCAGAGAAAUUCGUGAGGAAGGUUCAAAAGGUUACGGAGGAGGGUGAUGAGGUGGAGGUAGAUGAGGACUGGGAGUUCAUGACUGAGGAAGAGAUGACGGACAAAGGAUGGAGCGAGGAGCGCAUCAAUGGAGUCAAAGCCCAUUGCCAGAAGAACAAAGACAAAGGCUACAUUAGGAAAUCGCUCUACGAUGAUGAAGUGUUGUAUUGGUGCAACACGAAAAUCAAAGGCAAGAAGAGGAGCUACAAGAAGUCCUUCGUGCGCAAGGUGCUGGAGUACGACGAAGAAGCCGAGAAUGACACCAACCGCCUGGACUGUGACUUUGAUUUUGGGGGAGGCAGCGACGGUCCUGCUGGCUCCCAGGACACCAAGCAGCCUCCGGCCGAGAUUGUUGAUCCGAAGUUGUUGAGUUGCUUUCCGGAUAUUGAGAGGGCCAGCAACCCUUGUCUGAUCUACAGCAAAGCUGGGCUUGCUGUAGAGAAGCGCAUCAACAAGUUGAAUGAGUUCAAGGAUGAGCUAGCCAAACGGAUCGAGACUGACUUGACAGAAAAGAUGGCUACCAAGAUUUGCAGCUUCGUCAGCAAACUUACCGAAGACGAUGCGGAGCUGACUAGGCUGUAUAAUUCUGGGAUCAUCGACGGUUAUUCAAGUGAGCUCCUUUGCUGA